AUGUCAAAUGGCAACGGCUUAAGCAGACCGCCGUCCACCCAGAGCCAGGGCCAGUUCGAUCAGAAUGGCCAGCGACAACAAGCACAAAAGAAUGCUUCGGUAGUUAUCAAAGUGGGCAUGGUGGGCGAUGCUCAGAUUGGCAAGACAAGCUUGAUGGUCAAAUACGUCGAGGGUAGUUGGGAUGAAGAUUACAUCCAGACGCUGGGCGUCAACUUCAUGGAGAAGACCAUCAGCAUCCGAAACACCGAAAUCACCUUCUCAAUAUGGGACCUUGGUGGCCAGCGAGAGUUUGUCAAUAUGCUCCCGCUGGUCUGCAACGACGCCGUCGCCAUAUUAUUCAUGUUCGAUCUUACUCGAAAAUCAACUCUCAACAGCAUCAAGGAGUGGUAUCGCCAAGGACGAGGAUUCAACAAGACCGCGAUCCCUUUCUUGGUUGGCACAAAAUACGACCACUUCGUCAACUUCCCGCGAGAAGAACAGGAGGAGAUUUCGCUCCAGGCAAAGCGCUUCGCGAAAGCCAUGAAAGCUAGUCUAAUUUUCUCAAGCACAAGUCACAGCAUCAACGUGCAAAAGAUCUUCAAGAUCGUGCUUUCAAAAGCAUUCGAUCUUCGAUGCACGAUACCCGAAAUCGAGAAUGUGGGCGAGCCGUUACUCCUCUACCAAGCCGCCUAA